AUGCCUGCUUCUGCUCUAUUUCGGUCCCAACGGGAACUCGCGGACGCGUUAGAAAAGAACCCUCCCAAGAUCAGCCCUGAGCCCAAGACUGUGGCCGUCUGCGCCUCUUGGUUCCUACCUAACGAUGAACGCACCGGAAUCCAAGUCUUCCGGGAUAUGCGCAUCCCGAAAGCAAGAUUCUUCGAUCUUGACAAGGUCAUUGAUAAGCGGUCCCCUUACCCUCACAUGCUCCCCGGGGCAAAGGAGUUCGCCCUCGCAAUGAGCGAGAUUGGUGUUCGUCGAGACGACACCGUCGUCGUGUACGACAGCAAGGAGCUUGGCAUCUUUAGCGCACCAAGGCUAUGGGUAGAAGGCGGGUUUCCUACCGAAUCUGGUGAAUUGUACAGCGUAGACUGCUGCACCUAUCCUAUCCAUGCCAUUGAAGAGGCCAAGGUUGCCUCCUUUGAAGAGGUCAAGGAACUCGCCCUUAACCACGGAAAGGAGGGCUCAGAGGGUGUUCAGAUCCUCGAUGCUCGACCCACCGGGCGCUGGACCGGGAAGGACCCUGAGCCACGGCCUGGCCUCUCCUCCGGACACAUGCCCGGCUCCAUCAGCAUGCCCUUCAAUGCGCUCCUGGACCCUGAAACCAAGGCUUUCCUCGAGCCAGAGAAGCUUCGACAAAUCUUCGAACAAAAGGGCGUGGACCCAGAAAAGCCCAUCCUCUCUAGCUGCGGCACUGGUGUAACCGCCUGCGUCAUCGAAACCGCUCUCGACAUUGCGGGCUAUGGUACUCCUGAAUCUAGGAGGGUGUAUGAUGGCAGCUGGACCGAGGAGAAGGAGUGGCAGCCCGUCACCAAGCUCGGCCGUCUCGUGAAGGCUGGCAAGAUCAACAGCAUGGAGGAGAUCUACCUCCACUCUCUCCCCAUCAAGGAGUACCAGAUCGUCGAUACCUUCCUCCCCAAGCUCAAGGAUGAGGUUAUGAAGAUCAAGCCCGUCCAGAAGCAGACCCGUGCCGGUCAGCGCACCCGUUUCAAGGCCAUCGUCAUCAUUGGUGACGCCGAGGGCCACGUCGGUCUCGGUAUCAAGACCUCCAAGGAAGUCGCUACCGCCAUCCGCGCCGCCAUCAUCAUCGCUAAGCUCAGCGUCAUCCCCGUCCGUCGUGGUUACUGGGGUGCCAACCUCGGUCAACCCCACUCUCUUCCCUGCAAGCAGAGCGGCAAGUGCGGUUCCGUCACCGUUCGUCGAUUCCUCCAGCUCGCUGGUGUCGACGAUGCCUACACCUCGUCCGCCGGUUCUACCAAGACUCUCGAGAACACUCUCAAGGCCACCUUCACCGCCGUCUCCAACACCUACGCCUUCCUCACGCCCAACCUGUGGCAGGAGACCAAGCUCGUCAGGAGUCCUCUGGAGGAGUUUGCCGACACUCUCCGGGAAAAGCGUUUCUAA